CUGAGCAUCACCUCCACACAGCAAGUGCCUUUUACUUAAGCAGAAGAGGAAGAAGGAAGAGGAAGGUAGCCGCAAGAACGAGGGCAAAAAAAAUCUCUGGAGAGAGCGUGUGCACACAGCAGAGGAGCACCUCUGUACUCAGACGGUAGGCAGAGAAGCGCACCGAGGCAGACGGGAAGAGGCAGCUGCGUCGUAGCAUCACGGUCGCUGGCGGAGCUGGCACAGGGAGCCAACCGGAGAGGAAGGGGAGGGGACCCACUUGCACUGUUGAUCCUGGCGUUUCUGGCAAAAGCUUAAAGCAGCGGACAGAAAAAGGCGAAGCAGACAGGAUCCUGCAAACGGGGCAGCAUUUUACCUUGAGACGCCAGAAGAAAAUGGAAACCGUUUCAUCUUUUUGCCGACGGAUAGUGGACAACUUCUGAGGCGGGAUUUCUCUUUCAGUCGUCUCCUCCCAACUUCACCACUUCUCUUUUUGGGACUUCAAACCCUCUGAGCACAAAGUGCAUUAACCUCGAUUCUGAGCUGCAGAACCCGAGAGCUGUCUAGAUGUCCGUUAUGAUGCCUCCUCCUGAUUCAGUCUGACUUUUAAGUGGAUUGUGACGGAAGUAUUCUGGGAUUGCGCUUCUGCGUGAAUUAAGGGGGGAAAAAGGAAAGAAACCUGCAAAUGACUGAUGGAUUUACGUCUGACAGAGGAGAUCCUCUCGAGCAUUUCCUCCUCUCUUUUUCUGGAUUACAUAUGGGUUUUGUGGUCCUUCAGUUCAGGCUCAUGGAUGAUCGUUUGCUUCCUGCUGUUAGAAUAAAGUCUAAGAAACGGCAUCCGGCUGUAUUUUUACCUUUGAGGCGUAAACUGAAAUAAAAACAAGUAUGCCUCCAAUGAAAGCACAAAGCUGCUGCUUUUAUCUAUUCAGACACAAAUUGUAACUCACUGAUUGAACGGUUAUGUUCAUCGGAUCACGGUUAAGGUGCAAAAGGAAGGCAGGCGCUGAUGUUUAUUAAUUAUUUUGACAAGUAAUCUGCAUGUUUUCAGAUCAUUUACCAAUGAGUGUAGUUUACUAAAUGAGGGGUGCCGUCUACCCGCCAGGUGGCUUGAGCACAAAACGAGAUUGAUUGAAGUGAUCUGUGUGAAUCCAAUUAAUGCCUCCUGGAUUCUUGCCAAGAUGGAGCCAAUGGAGGGGAAUGCCGCUGUCUAGCAUCUGAUCUGCCUCCUCACUGGAUAAACCUCUGCACCCCCGGUUCAACAGCGGUUCUCCUCCCCCCUUACAGGCAAGGAUGGUACCCCCACCCCCCACGAACAAGCCCCAUGUGUGCCUCUCCACCAUCCUGAUCAUGAGCAGCAUGGCACUGAUUGAUGCCUACCUGGUGGAGCAGAACCACGGCCCCCGUAAGAUCGGCAUCUGCAUCAUGGUGAUGGUGGGGGACAUCUGCUUCCUGAUCGUGCUGCGGUACGUGGCCGUCUGGGUGGGCGCCGAGGUGAGGACAGCUAAACGGGGUUACGCCAUGAUCCUUUGGUUCCUCUACAUCUUUGUGCUGGAGAUCAAAGUUUACUUUGUGUACCAGAACUACAAGGCGGACAGGAAAAGUUUGGACGCUCUUGCGAGGAAAGCAUUGACGCUGCUUUUAUCCAUUUGCAUCCCGGUGCUGUUCAUCGUGCUUGUGGCCAUCGACCACAUGGAGUACAUCCGCGCCUUCAAAAAGCGUGAGGAGAUUCGCAAUCGCCUCUUUUGGGUGGUGGUGGACCUGCUGGAUGUACUGGACAUCCAAGCCAACCUGUGGGAGCCUCAGAAGAAAGGGCUCCCUCUGUGGGCAGAAGGCCUGAUGUUUUUCUACUGCUACAUCCUGCUGCUGGUGCUGCCCUGUGUGUCUCUGAGUGAAAUCAGCAUGCAGGGCAUUAACAUCGUUCCCCACAAGAUGCUGUUGUAUCCCAUCCUCAGCCUGGUGACCAUCAACGUCAUCACCCUCUUCAUCCGCGGGGGCAACAUGCUUCUGUACAGGGACGCCCGGGUGUCCGGGAUUCUGAUAGGAAAGAACAUACUCGCCAUCGUCCUGAAGACCUGCAGCUUCGUGCAGUACAGAAGACAGUUGCAGAACGCUCCUCCCGCUUUUGGAGCGGAGCUGCAGAAAAACUCGGUCGCUCACACUCGCCCUGCCCCCACCCCUCCUCAAGUGGUGAUGCAGGAUCAGACGCCUCUCCCUGAAGUAACGACGUGCGAGCACACAUGACAGAGAGACAGGGUGAACUCUACAAAUGUCAAUUUGAGUACAUAUGACCCUCAGGACUCUGGCGGGGGGCAGUGACCCACGCCUUUUAGGGUGUAGGAACACACCGGAGAUCAUGAUCCCUGAUGCACACAGGACACUGCAGACAGCCAGCACAGAGCGGUGCGGUGUCCAAAUCCAUCACGGUGCAAAAUGCAGCACAAAUAGAUCCCCUCGUGAAAGCAUUUCUCAAUGAAUUUAAUUCUCUGUAUAUUUUUUGUACGUGUGUAAAUGAAAAAAGGCAAAUAUUGCAAGAUUAGAAGAUCUAUUUUUGAAUAGUUUGUGUUGCAUUCUAAUCUCAAACCUAAAAGGGUUUGUGUGCUGUGGUGUGCGUUUCUGUUGCUCAACUGUUCUUAGUAGUCGACGGCUUUAACUUGUCAAGGUGGAGGCGAGAAGCCGAUGAGAGAAUCAAAGCAAAGAGGGUGAAAAUACCAGUUAAAGCUGUCUCUUUGAAAGAGGUCUGUUUCAUUUGUGAUUCUUUGUUCAAAAACUGCGUACAAGAUAAAGGCUUUCCCGCUUUUCUCACUGGCUGUAAGAGGAUUUGUCAUAAAAUUAUACAAAACUU